AUGGCUUCCCGCGUUCUCAGAAUUGGUCUCAUCCCUGGUGACGGCAUCGGCCGCGAGGUCAUCCCCGCCGGCCGCCGCAUCCUCGAAGCCCUGCCCUCGUCGCUGGGCCUGAAGUUCGAGUUCACCGACCUGCAGGCGGGCUUCGAGACCUUUGAGAAGACAGGCGCCGCCCUGCCCGACAAGACGGUCGAGAUACUAAAAAAUGAGUGCAACGGCGCGCUGUUCGGCGCCGUGUCCUCGCCCUCCAAGGUCGUCAAGGGGUACUCGUCGCCCAUCGUCGCCCUCCGCAAGAAGCUCGACCUCUACGCCAACGUGCGCCCCGUCAAGACGGUCCUCACGGCCGCCAAGCCCAUCGACAUGGUCAUCGUGCGCGAGAACACCGAGGACCUGUACGUGAAGGAAGAGCGCACGCUCGACGACCCGGCCUACGGCGGCAAGUACGCCGAGGCCAUCAAGCGCAUCAGCGCGCGCGCCUCGUCGCGCAUCGCCACCAUGGCCGGCGAGAUCGCCCUGCGGCGGCAAUCCCUCCGCGCGAACGGCGUGUCUAGCAUCCACAAGGCGCCCCUCGUCACCAUCACGCACAAGUCCAACGUGCUCUCGCAGACAGACGGUCUCUUCCGCUCCACAGCGCGCGAGGCGCUCGCCGCGCCCCGGUUCUCCGGCACCGUCAACGUCGAGGAGCAGAUCGUCGACAGCAUGGUGUACAAGCUGUUCCGGCAGCCCGAGGCCUACGACGUCAUCGUCGCGCCGAACCUGUACGGCGACAUCCUGUCCGACGGCGCGGCCGCACUGGUCGGAUCCCUGGGAUUGGUCCCGAGCGCCAACGUGGGCGAGGGCUUCGCCAUUGGCGAGCCGUGCCACGGCUCCGCGCCCGACAUCAUGGGUCAGAACAUCGCGAACCCCAUCGCCACGCUGCGCAGCACGGCGCUCAUGCUGGAGUUCCUCGGCGCCGAGGAGGCCGCCGCGCGCAUCUACGCCGCCGUCGACGGGAACCUGGAGGAGGGCCGCUUGCUGAGCCCCGAUCUGGGCGGCAAGGCCACGACGGAGGAGGUUGUGCAGGAUAUCCUGAGAAGACUGUAG